AAAAUUAAAUAAAUUAAGAGCCAUGGCAUUUCUUUCCUAUUACAUUGUGUUGCAGUUUUUGAUCUCGUCAAACGUUUUCGAUUGCAUUCAAGGUGCCGCAAUAAUCUGUGAAAAUGACAGUUUUAUCAAAAAGUCCAAUGAUUUUGGUGACAAAUUCGCCCAUAAUAUCUCACACAUUCACAUCUCCGUCGAGACGGAGACCAACGAAAAUGAAGUGAACAAAUUUCUUCAUAAAAUCCAAUGUACCCUGGAGAAGGCCAAGCCAUGGAUGGAUGAAUUGCAACAGGAAGCCAAGCGUUUGGAAGAAGCCGCCAAGUUGCUGGAACUUGGUAUUAUAAAUAGUUUUGGAGCAUUUAUUGAUAAAUUGACAGAGGAUGAACCGCAGAAGCCAUCGCAUACUGCUCUCAAUGCCACAGUAGCUGGCAAUGGGGAUAAUAGUUCCACAACAACAGCAGGUGAAUUAGCAAUAACAACAACAACCGAGGAGAUAUCCGAAUUUUUGUGCCCCGAAGGAUUUAUUGCCGAUCAUAAUGGUAUUUGUGAACGUAUUGAAUAAAUGCAACGAAACAUGUUAGAUAUAAAUAUAAGUU